AUAAGGGUAUGCGUUUUGUAACGUUGUCUCGUGACGCUCAAGCUGAAUUAACGUACAUUUCGCUCCCUGUGCGAAACAACGGCGAAACGGCGGCGGAAGGGUUAAUGCAACGAGGAGGCCGUGCCUUUGAAAACACCCCCUUUGUGAAACGCGUUUAAGGACACCGACUAAUGUCGACGAGCCAUUGGGGCUAGUAGCCACAUCCAGCGACGUUUUAGCCUGCCGCACCGUUUCCCUGACCCUCGCGGAAGAAAAAGAAAAAAAAGAUGGCGACCCUCAAAGCAUUUUGCAGAGGAGAAAGUUUACUUCUGAAAAACCUCGCGCGUCAUUGCGGGGCCAGAUUUAACUUCGCUAGUCAGCUGCUCAGCAAGACUUGCGGCUGCUACUUUUCCACCUCCAGCGUUAGAGGUUCACAGUUCUACUCGGAUCCAACGGACGCCAUAAAGGAUAUUCCUAAUGGAGCUACAAUUCUGGUUGGAGGUUUUGGGUUAUGUGGUAUCCCAGAGAAUCUGAUCAACAGUUUGCUGAAGACUGGGGUAAAGGGUCUAACUGCAGUCAGCAACAAUGCAGGCGUGGAUAACUUUGGCCUGGGCCUGUUGCUGCAGACCAAGCAGAUCAAAAGGAUGAUUUCCUCGUAUGUCGGAGAGAACGCCGAGUUUGAGAGGCAGUAUUUGUCCGGAGAGCUGGAAGUGGAGCUAACGCCGCAGGGGACUCUUGCAGAGAGGAUCAGGGCAGGAGGUGCUGGGGUUCCAGCCUUCUUCACACCCACCGGUUAUGGCACUCUGAUCCAAGAAGGAGGCUCUCCUAUUAAGUACAACAAAGAUGGCAGCAUUGCUAUUGCUAGCGAGGAGCGAGAGGUGCGGGAGUUCAAUGGCAGGCACUAUAUUAUGGAAAAAGCCAUCACUGGGGAUUUUGCGCUGAUCAAGGCGUGGAAAGCAGACAAGGCAGGCAACAUUGUUUUUAGGAAGACAGCCAGAAACUUCAACCAGCCCAUGUGCAAAGCAGCCAAAACAACCAUUGUUGAGGUGGAGGAGGUGGUAGAUGUUGGGACGUUUGCUGCAGAAGACAUACACAUACCCAGCAUUUACGUCCACAGGAUUGUUCAAGGGGCCAGCUACGAGAAAAGGAUCGAGAAACGCACUGUUAGAAAAGGCCAGGAAGAAAAGCCCAAACCAAAGAAGGAGUCAGACAUUGUUCGGGAAAGGAUCAUUCGCAGGGCAGCCCUGGAGUUUGAAGAUGGGAUGUAUGCUAACCUUGGUAUUGGUAUCCCAAUGCUGGCCAGUAACUUCAUCAAACCAGACAUCACUGUACACCUCCAAAGUGAAAAUGGACUUUUGGGACUGGGGCCCUACCCCAGUGAAAAUGAAGUGGAUGCAGACCUGAUUAAUGCUGGGAAGGAGACUGUCACUGUACUCCCAGGGGCUGCCUAUUUUUCCAGCGAUGAGUCAUUUGCUAUGAUCCGAGGGGGUCACAUCAACCUCACCAUGCUCGGAGCCAUGCAGGUGUCAAAACAUGGAGAUCUAGCCAACUGGAUGAUCCCUGGUAAAAUGGUGAAGGGGAUGGGCGGAGCCAUGGAUUUAGUCGCUAGUGCUGGAACUAAGGUCGUGGUCACCAUGGAGCACUCGGCUAAGGGAGGAAAACACAAGAUACUGGAGAAGUGCAGCCUGCCUUUGACAGGGAAGCAUUGCGUGGAUCGAAUUAUUACAGAAAAGGCUGUGUUUGAUGUGGAUAAGACAAAAGGUCUGACACUGAUUGAAAUCUGGGAGGGACUCACACCAGAGGACAUCAAGACGUGCACUGGCGCAGAUUUUGAGGUUUCUCCCAACCUGAGGGCCAUGCAGCAGAUUUAGAGGUGUUUCAAUUGGAGAUGAAGAUGUUGUUUGGUUUGUUAUUUACUCUGCGCUUAAGCAGCUGCCUUUAAAACAGGAUGGACUGUGUCAAAUAAGGUUACAACACAUACUUGUCUGGUUCAGUUCUCUGGUAAUGAGUGUACAAAUAUCAGUAAUGACUCAGCAUCUCUGACUAAGGAAUAGGACUCAACUGGAGCCAAUGUGCAUGGUUCCUAUUAUGACGUUAUGUGAAUAUUUCACUGUUCAGGUCAUAAUUUCUAUUUAGAUGUGUGCAGCUGUAAUCAAACCGUCCAUUUUAAACGCUCUUGUUAUGAUCUGUGAUUUAAAUAAAACAUUGCCUUCUUUAAUAUAAUAUCUGCAUAGAGAGCCAAUCACAUUUACUUGUGAGAUCAAAACUUGAUUUUAAUACAACAAACAUUUAAAAUGCAAUGCAAAAGGGUUUUAGGUUGUAUAGUUGUAAAUCAGUAAAGUUGUCCUGCAUCAAUUAACAGAAGCUUUUUAUGUCAUACAUCCACUGUUUGGUCCCAUCUUCAUUUUAUCUAUUGGUAAAAUUUCAUAAAGUGGGUCUAAUUGAAACAUGUUUGCAAUAAUCAGCUCUAGAUACAGAUUGUACAUUUUCUCUGUGACUCAUGUGAUUCAAAUGGAAAAUAAGCCUUAACCUGUUUGUACAUAAAAUGAAAUAAAACCUGGUGUGCAGAAUUAAAAGAAA